CCUGCGGCGCCCGGCCCCCCAGAGCGAAAGUGUGAUGCUCAAUGACCCCGCUUCGUUUUGCAGGUCCGGUCCAGCACGGCGGCGAGGAGAAAAGGUUGUUUUAUAUCAGGCCGACCUCGUACUACGACAAGCGGUUUUUGCGCUUGACGCGAUUCUAUGUAUUGUUGACUGGAAUCCCAACAGCUUUGUUUGUAACAUAUAUCAACGUCUUCAUUGGUGAAGCUGAACUUGCAGAGAUUCCAGAAGGUUAUUUUCCAGAGCCCUGGGAAUACUUCAAACACCCUAUAACGAGAUGGUUGGCUCGUUAUAUCGUAGACUCCCCUGAAAAGAAGUAUGAGAAAAUGAUGAGCUUGAUUGAAACGGAAUUUCACAAAGCUGAACUCAGGCUGCAGGAGGCGAAGGCACGCAAACUAAUGAGACAGAGGGGAGAUGGGCCCUGGUAUCAUUAUCCAACUCGUGAUAAAAACCUUGUUGAUAAUUCUCAUCAAAACUUACCUGACUUUUAAGCAGUUAAUCCAAUGCUCAAAUGAGCUCCUAGAAAUGGUUACUGAAUGAUGUAAGGUGUAUAUGCCGUUGUUUGUUGACUUAAAUAAAAAAUCCUAUUAAUGAAAUAGA